UUUUUCUGAGUUAUUUUUUCCACCCUGUUUUUCGUGCAAUUUUUUUUUUCUGUUUAUCGAGAUACUUCGAAAUCCCGCGAGAACAUCCAACCUGCAAGUGACUCCCGUCCAUCUAUGGUGACUCCUGUCCCGCACGUACCUGCCCGACUGUCAACUUUCUACUGUACCGAGUCAAUAAAGUGCCAGCAAUGGCUACAUCCUCAACCCCCGGCCUCCCUCAAGAUGAUGGACUGUGGAUAUUUCUUCGCAACAGAGGUGUUCCUGAGGAGAGUAUUCAGAAAAUGCAGCAGGAUCAUAUUGACAGCUCAGUAAUGGGGGAAAUAGAUGAUGCCACUAUGGCUUCUUACAUUCCAGCCUAUGGUGACAGGAUUGCAACAAGGCGUUUCUGUAUGGAAAAACAGAGAAGAGGUCGAGAUGAUACAAAAAGACUGUCCUUAUUUAAAAAACUUUAAAAAAAAAUGGGCACAAUGAGCAACAAAGACAGUGAUCAAGGUUUUGAGGAGGAGAAUACAGUGCAACCAACAAAUAUGCGUCUAAAAAGUAAUAAGAGAGCCUGGAAGACAACCAGAAAAAUAGAAUUAGGGUGGAUACAUGACAACAGACAGGUCAGAAAACGCAACGGUGGAGGAGCCAGAGUUCUUGAUAUGAACAAGAAUGCCACUAAAACUGAGAUUCUGUCACAAGCUAAAAAACUGUUUUUCCCUAAUGAAAAGUCAACAAUGGGAAAGUGGGAAGAGUUCAGUCAUGAUAUAGUUAACUUUCAAGAAGCACAAGUUGAUGAGUAUGUUAGUGUGGGAGAAUACUAUGAGACACACAAAUUGGGGUUGUUAAGAUUUUAUUUGUUCACAAAGACCCUGACCAGUGGAGAUGACCGAGAGGAAGGAGCUGAUAUACAGACAGAUGAGCAACAUGAAAACACAACAGAAUCUGGACAAGAUAAACACACAAUGGAAGAGGUCGAGCAGCUGACACCAAAAAGACAUUACAGUGAAAAUCAAAUACACACAGUCGAAGAUGAUGACCAAAGCAUUGCCACAAUGUCAGCUGUUGUCUCUACUGCGCCUGUUCGGAUUAUUGAUCUUACAUCUUUGUGUAAUACAUCAGAGGUAAUUUUUGGUCCUUUGACAGGUGGGCCGUUUUUAGGUGAUCUUGAUGAUACACUUAUACAUGAGCCCAUCCUUACAAUAGAAGAGGGUCAAAUAACCCCCCCACCUACACCUCAACUCCUAUUGAUGAGACAGCUUCUGCUAGACCACCAAGUCCUGCCAGUGAACUUUUACAUGUGACUGUGAAACUUCACAGAGUGACUCUCUUAGAUGAACUGAUUGCUCAAUUCAAGGAUGAAGCAAUGAUGACCUACUCUGUGAAAUACAGCUUCAUUGAUGAAAUGGGGGCAGAUGCUGAUGGUGUGUCAAGGGAUGUAUAUGCUGCCUUCUGGACAGAAUUCCUAGACUGUGCAGCAGAAGGUGCAGAUGUGAGGGUGCCAUCACUAUCCCCAAAAUGGCAAGAGGAGGAAUGGAAGUCUGUUGGCAGGAUAUUGGCCAAGGGACUGAAGGACCAGGGGUAUUUUCCAUUUCGGCUGGCACAAGCCUUUACAGCAGCAGUCAUAUUUGGUGAACACUCUGUUUCACCUGAUUUACUGUUUGACUCCCUGAUGUUGUAUCUUAGUCAGUCUGAGCGUGAUCUCUUGUCCACUGCUUUGCAAGAGGCAGUUGUCGGCAAAGACGAGGAAGAGCUUCUUGAUCUUAUGGAUCGCAUGGGAGUAAGAACAGUACCAACACCAGAUAACUUGAGGGCCGUGCUUGUCCAGGUUGCCCACAAGCAAAUGAUCCAGCACCCAAAAUAUGCACUGGAUAAUAUUGCAGAGGUUGCAGGACCAAUACUCAGGAAGUUUUUCCCAAGUGUACAGGAUAUGAAGAAGCUGUAUGAAGACAUUAAACCAACAACACGAAAGAUGAUUAAGAUGAUAACAGCUUCUCCAGCUAAUUCAGCAGAGAACCAAAGUUUGCGAUUUUUACAUCAGUACAUAAGGGGAUUGGAUGAAAUGGGUCUCCGGAAGCUGAUGAGAUUUCUGACUGGGUCUGAUGUCAUCUGUGUAAAAGAAAUUCAAGUCACAUUCACCUCUUUGGAAGGGCUAGCGCGGCAGCCAAUUGCCCAUACUUGUGGCCCAACUGUGGAGCUGCCAUCAACUUACAACAGCUACCCUGAGCUUCGAGCUGAAAUGGAGGCUAUACUGUCCAGCAACACUUAUGCAAUGGACAUAGCAUAAGUGUACUAUUUAAGACACUGUUAUCAGUCUAGGAUAUUUGAAACUCUACCUCAUGUCAGAUGUUAAUACUGACAGUGUUUGUUAAAUCUGCUCGUUGCAUUAAAAGGUACUUUGAGGUGUUUUUUUACAAAUAGAAUCACAGCUUGCUGUCUUGUUUUGUACACCUGUCUUCAAACAGAUGUGUCUUUACUGUUGAGUCAUGUAGUUCAGGAGUCCUGCUCUGUGAGACAUGAUAUUUUUCCAUCUACAGUCAUAAAAUUGGACAUGUUCCUUUUGUUAUGGGGUGCUUCUAUUGUGAAAUGUUAAAGUUAUCAAAUGUGUAAA